AUGGUAAAAAAGGUUCCUUUAGAUAAUACAGAGGAACUUUAUUUUGAGACUUUUGAGGAUUUUAUUGAGGAUGGCGAUAAAAAUGCAGGAUUACAAAUAAAAAGAAAGCAAGAAAAGACUAAAUUAUUCACAAAUGAGUUUGGUAAAGAGACAAUAAAAGCUUCGCAGCAAGGAAAUCUCAAACAACUUAGAAAGCUUUACUCAAUUUUGUGUCAUUGUGACAUCGAAAACGCUCAGAAAUAUGAUCUGGAAACACACUACCGCAACUCUUUAGAUAUUGCUUUGGCUGAAAUCACCAAAGAUUUCAAGACAAAAUUAGGGAAAAAGCUAGAUAAGUCAACAAAAUGAAAAUCAUAUGAGAAAAAAGUCAGAAUUUUUUUAAAAAACACAGCUACCUUACUAAGCGGAGCUGGGAUUGCCCCUGAAGUAUACAUAAAUAUUUCAAAUUGUUUAAAAAAACUAGCAAAAUUAUUGAAAUUAUUCCCAAAUCAAGCUCAGAUUUUGGUUGGACAAAUAAGUAGAAUUUUUGUGGAACAAUCAGCAGAUGUAAAAUUGGCCUUUUUAUCAUUUAUCAAAAAGGCUGCAUGCGUAAAAUCAAUUGAGCCUGGUUAUGCUCUUGAAGUCUUAUUUCAUGCAAUAGCAAAAAAGUGGAAAAUAAUGCCAUCUGAAAGUCAAGAAGAUAUAGAGCUAAUGCGAACUUAUUUUAUAGAUUUAUUCAGCGUAAAUUUGGAAGCCGGACUACAGUUUGUUAGAAAUUAUGCUAAUAAACUAGAAUUAUAUUUAGCAAAAGCAUCAAGAGGCUCAGCAAAAUCAAAAAUAAUCUAUAACUGGCAAUUUUUCAAUUCAAUUUCCCUUAUUUCUCACUUGAUAAUUUCAUAUCCCAAGCAGUUUUCUCAAAUUUCACCUUCUAUUAUCCAAAUCCUCCACAAUUUAUUUCAAGCAAAUCAGGCUCAAAAAUACAGUCCUUUGAAACUUCAUAUAAUUAAACUGCUCAUAAUUCUUCAAUAUAACUUGGAUAGGUACAUUCCUGGUAUAUCAUCUUAUGUGCUUGAAAUAAUCACUAAUCCUGCAUUACAAAAAAGAUCAAAAACUAACCGAUGCACAGAAUUUAGCCUUGCUUCAAUGCUGAAAGUAAAUAAAGAGCAGCUCACUAGUGACGUUUUUAAGGAAAAAAUAAUAGAAGAAUCUUGCAGAGCUUUACUUGAGCAUAUUGCAUAUUUUGGAAAUAGCAUUGCAUUUCCAGAAGUCUCGCUCCCUAUCAAACUAGCAUUGAAAAAGUCAAUAAAAGACACAAAAAACGCUGCUAUUAAAAAUAAAAUUAGCCACACAGUUAAAUUGAUUGAAGAAAAUUCGCGGUUUAUAGAAAAGAAGAGAAAUGGAAUUUUUGGACCUAUAAUGGCUGCUUCAAAUAAUAUUGAAGGGAAAAUCCCAUUAUCAACACACAAGCAAGGGGUAAGCAAAGAUAAAUAA